GAGAAAAUUAAAUACUAAAUGUCACAAAUUGUUCUAAUUCAUGUUUUAACGGGUAGUCUCGUAAAAUAAAAACUCAAAGAGGUUUUUAUGCAAUUUUCACCUUCUAAUAACGGAGGACGGAGGACGUAAACCGCGAUCCCGAUUGAGAGAGUUGAGGACGAAAAUUUGGAUAGCAAUGGCGAUGGACAGGGCACAGCUUCUCCUGGUUGGCCUACCGCUCUUCCUCUUCAGUUCUGACCUAUUUAACCUCUUCGGCCCGCCGCCUCCCAAGCCGGCACCGGCCCAGGCCCACCACCACCACCGGCACCAUCAGCCCUCAUCCGUGAUUCAACCGCAACCCGUUCUAGAUUUCCCUGCCCAGAAGGCUAGUGGAGUUGGAGGAGCAAUUGGGAUCGGGAAUACCGUUAACAUAGACUUCUGCGCCUCUUGUUCUUACAAAGGAACUGCGGUGACAAUGAAGAAUAUGUUAGAAACACAGUUUCCGGGGAUCGAAGUUGUCCUUGCGAAUUAUCCUCCUCCACUUCCAAAGCGUGCUUUAAGUAAACUGGUUCCCCUUGUUCAGAUUGGCGUAAUGUCUAUUGUUUUGGCCGGCGAACAUAUCUUCCCGCGUUUGGGUUUUGCUGUACCACCUCCAUGGUAUUAUUCAUUAAGAGCGAAUAGGUUUGGUACUAUUUCAAGCACUUGGCUCCUUGGGAAUUUCCUGCAAUCUUUCUUGCAAAGCUCGGGUGCUUUUGAAGUAUACUGUAAUGGAGAACAGGUAUUUUCAAAACUUAAAGAGGGCAGGUUUCCUGGGGAAAUUGAGCUUAAAGAUCUUGUUAGCAGGAGAAUUGCUAGUUCAAGAGUUGUGGAUGGUCUUGGUGGAGCAAACUGGUAGUCUCAAAUGGUGUUGUUCAGCUGUAGUCAUAAGAAUUUGAAAGUGCCAGUUUUGUUCGUUUUGUUUGGGGGUGGGGGUGGGAAGGAAUUCAGCCAUAUGGCUGUUCCUUCUCAGGUAAGCGGAGUUUGACCAUGUAAAACUCAGUCCUUGCUCUUUUCAUAUUGGUUUUGAUUUGUAAAUUUGUAUUUCAUUUAACCAAAGAAAUUAUAAUUUUUACUAGUUAAUUUGAAUGCGCUGAAGUUUUGAAUGAACACAUCAUCAACUUGCAAAUAUCUAGCUAAAAUAAAUUCUGCAAGUUGAUCUCACAUGUUUAACUGAUA